AUGCUUGAGAGCAUAAGAAUAGAGCCGAAGAUGAGCUACAGAAAGAUAGUGGGUGUGAACGGACCUCUUGUUAUAAUGGACAACAUCAGGUUUUUGAAAUAUGCAGAGAUAGUUAGCCUGACAUUACCUGAUGGAAGUAUCAGGCAAGGACAGGUUCUAGAAGUAUGUGGAAAGAAGGCUGUGAUCCAAGUGUUUGAGGGGACAUCUGGGAUAGACGUCAAAGAAACACAGGUUACAUUUACUGGAGAGACCUUGAAGAUGGGGGUGUCUGAGGAUAUUCUUGGAAGAGUAUUCAAUGGAAGUGGAAAGGUGAUCGAUGGAGGACCGAAGAUUAUUGCGGAGGACUAUCUUGAUAUCCAAGGGCAGCCUUUGAAUCCAUAUGCUAGGAUAUAUCCUGAAGAGAUGAUUCAGACAGGAAUAUCAUCGAUCGAUAUAAUGAACUCGAUUGCAAGAGGGCAGAAGAUCCCCAUAUUCAGUGCAUCUGGGCUACCACACAAUGAAAUAGCAGCACAGAUCUGCAGACAAGCAGGGCUUGUGAAGAGGAAGGAUUCAAUAGACAGUAGCGAUGAUAACUUUGCAAUAGUGUUUGCAGCAAUGGGGGUGAACGUGGAAACAGCAAACUUUUUCAGAAACAGUUUUGAAGCAUCUGGGUCGAUAGGGAGAACUGCACUGUUUCUCAAUCUGGCAAAUGACCCGACUAUCGAAAGGAUAAUCACACCACGACUUGCUUUGACAGCAGCAGAGUACCUUGCAUACGAGAAAGAAAAGCAUGUUCUUGUGAUUAUGACUGAUAUGAGUUCUUAUGCAGAUGCAUUGAGAGAGGUCAGUGCAGCUCGAGAGGAAGUCCCAGGUAGAAGGGGAUAUCCUGGAUACAUGUACACAGAUCUUAGUACGAUAUAUGAAAGGGCUGGGAGGCUUGAAGGAAGAAAUGGAUCAAUAACCCAGAUUCCAAUUCUGACAAUGCCAAAUGAUGAUAUAACACAUCCGAUUCCGGAUCUUACGGGAUAUAUUACUGAAGGGCAGAUAUAUGUUGAUAGGCAAAUUCACAACAGGCAAAUAUAUCCUCCUAUUAAUGUACUUCCAUCACUCUCUAGGCUGAUGAAGAGUGCCAUCGGAGAGGGGAUGACGAGGAAAGAUCACGGAGAUGUGUCGAACCAGCUCUAUGCAAAGUAUGCAAUUGGUAAGGAUGCCCAGGCAAUGAAGGCUGUUGUUGGAGAAGACUCACUUUCCCAAGAAGAUAAAAUUUCUAUAGAGUUUCUAGAGAGGUUUGAAAAGGAGUUUAUAAGCCAGAGGCACGACGAGUUGAGAACGGUGAGUCAAUCAUUAGAUAUUGCAUGGGAUCUUCUUAAGAUUUUCCCUAGGGAGAUGCUUAAUAGGAUUCCAUCUGAUAUACUGGAUGAAUUCCACUCUGCAGCACCCACUAGGGCUGAGUAG